AUGCCUUCGGAUAACCACGUCAAAGCGGGCUUGUCUCUUAUCGAGGACAAGUCCAAGGUCCUUGGCUUGACCAUUGGCACUCAUGAGAAUGUCCAGCCUGGAACAUGGUUUCCCCGCAAAGCAGCUCAAGAGCCCCCGAAGCUCUUCUUCGCUGGCGCCAACCCCACCAGCACCUACAUGGUUGUGGGCUUGGAUAUUGACGCUCCUUUCCCUUCCUUUGGUAUCCUCGGCCCCAUACUCCACUGGAUCCAGUCCGAUAUCAAAGUCACCAGCGAGGGUGCACUCGAGUUCGACGCACCGUUUGUCGCCAAUUACAUCGGCCCUGCUCCCCCUCCUGGGAGCGCACCCCAUCGUUACAUCUUUUUCCUGUACGAACAACCUGCAGACUUCGAUCCCACGGCCUAUGCACCUGCUGAUGGCAAGAAGCUUGGCAAUUGGAAUCGCAUGCGGUACGAUCUUGAUGCUUGGGCAGAGGAGAUCAAGCUUGGUCCUCUUGUGGCUUUCAACUAUCUCACCUCCAACUAG